AUGAAGGAACAAGUUGUAGACCAACUUCCGAAGCAGAUUAAACAUAUUGAAUUUGGCGUAUUUGGGCCAAAGGAUAUAAUAAGACAGGGUGUUUUAGAGAUUUCAACAAGAGAACUAUAUAAUAUAGUAGAUAGAUCUACAGUACAUAAUGGAGCUCUUGAUAAAAGAAUGGGAACCUCAGAUAAACAGACACUCUGUGAAACUUGUGGAGAAAAAAUGGUAACAUGUGUUGGUCAUUUUGGAUAUGUGAAGCUAGUACUUCCAGUGUUUCAUAUAGGAUAUUUUAAGACUAUUAUUACAAUACUUCAGAAUAUUUGCAAGGAUUGUUCAAAAAUAUUAUUAGAAUUAAAAGAUAUUCAUAGUUUUUUGAAAGAAUUAAGAAAAGCAGAAGCGGAUAAUCUAAAAAAAUCACAAAUAUGCAAACGUAUAAAUGACACAUGUAAAAAAAUAAGAAUAUGUCCUAAUUGUCAGAGUACGCAAGGUGUUAUUAAAAAAGUUGGAGCAUUAAAAAUAAUUCAUGAAAAAUUCAAAUAUAAUAAAAAAAAUAGUCAAGAAGAAAUAGAAUUUCGAAAAACUUUUGAAACAGUUUUGAAUUCUACACCUGAUAUGAAAACUCAUCUUUCCAAGGCUCAUGAUGAUCUAAAUCCUCUCAAAGUCUUAAAUUUAUUUAAACAAAUUCCUCCCAUGGACUGUGAACUUUUAGGUAUAAAUUCAUUAAAAGGCAGACCAGAAAUGUUUAUUUGGCAAUGUAUACCUGCCCCUCCUGUUUGCGUAAGACCAUCUAUUUCUCAGGAUGGCGCUAGCACCGAAGAUGAUUUAACAGUUAAACUAACAGAAAUCAUAUGGACCAACUCAUUAAUUAAAAGUGCAUUGGAAAAAGGAACUCCUAUUCAAAAUUUAAUGGAACAAUGGGAUUACUUACAAUUAUGUGUUGCUAUGUAUAUUAAUAGUGAAUUGCCUGGAAUAUAUUCACAAACAAAUACAAAGCCUAUGAGAGGGUUCUGUCAGAGAUUGAAAGGAAAGCAAGGCCGAUUUAGAGGAAAUCUAUCAGGAAAAAGAGUUGAUUUUUCUGCAAGAACUGUAAUUGGGCCAGAUCCUAAUCUUUCUAUUGACCAGGUCGCCAUUCCUGAACAAAUCGCUAAAAUUUUAACCUAUCCGGAAAGAGUAACACAUCAUAAUAUUGAACAACUAAAAAAAGCUAUAAUAAAUGGACCAAACAUUCAUCCUGGGGCGAAUUAUAUUAUAAAUCAAGAUAACAGAUUUAAAAAAUUUUUAAAAUUUGGAAAUCGUCAAAAAAUAUCAUUAGAACUUAAAAUUGGUGAUAUCGUUGAACGCCAUAUUCGUGACAAUGAUAUUGUUUUAUUUAAUCGUCAGCCUUCUUUGCAUAAACUUAGUAUAUUAUGCCACAGAGUAAAAGUUCGCCCAUGGAAAACUUUUAGAUUUAAUGAAUGUGUUUGUAAUCCAUACAAUGCUGAUUUUGAUGGAGAUGAAAUGAACUUACAUGUACCACAAACAGAGGAAGCACGAGCAGAAGCAAUAGAACUAAUGAAUGUAAAAAACAACCUCGUAACGCCUCGCAAUGGCGAACCAAUUAUUGCAGCAAUACAAGAUUUUAUUACUGCGUCUUAUUUAAUUAGCCAAAAAGAUAAUUUUUAUGAUAGAAAAACAUUUACACAUAUGUGCUCUUUUAUGGUAGAUGCUUGUAAAAAUAUUGAUUUACCUCAUCCCGUUAUCAUAAAACCAGUAACAUUAUGGACAGGAAAGCAGAUAUUUAAUGUACUCAUGAGACCUAAUAAAAGUUCUCCAGUAAUGGUCAAUUUAGAUGCAAAAACCAGAUCAUUUAGUUCUCCAAAGGGAGUGCCUGAUCUUUGUGUUAAUGACGGAUAUUUACUUAUACGUUCAAGUGAAAUUAUGUGCGGCGUUAUGGAUAAAUCAACAGUAGGAGAUGGCAAAAAAAAUUCUAUAUUUUAUGUUAUUUUAAAGAAUUAUGGUCCUGAUGAAGCAGCAGAAGCUAUGAACCGACUUUCGAAAUUAUGUUCAAGAUGGCUAGGGAAUCAAGGCUUUUCAAUUGGAAUAAAUGACGUUCAACCAGGAGUUUUAUUAAGAGAAAAGAAAGAAAGCCUAGUGAAAGCAGCAUAUCAAUCCUGUGAUGAUUUAAUUCAUGCUUUGUCAUCUGGAAAACUCGAAAAUCAGCCAGGCUGUGAUGCAGAACAAACAUUGGAAGCAAAAGUAUCUGGGAUACUUUCAAAAGUUCGAGAAGAUGUUGGCCAAAUUUGCAUGAGUGAACUAGCAAAAACAAAUGCAUCCUUAAUUAUGGCUACAUGCGGUUCAAAAGGUUCUAAAAUUAAUGUUUCACAAAUGGUAUCUUGCGUAGGACAACAAAUUAUUAGCGGUUCUAGAGUUCCAAAUGGAUUUCAGGAUAGAAGUUUGCCACAUUUUCAAAAAAACGCAAAACAACCUCCUGCAAAAGGAUUUGUAAAAAAUUCAUUUUAUUCCGGCUUAACACCUACAGAAUUCUUAUUUCACGCUAUAUCUGGAAGAGAAGGGCUUGUUGAUACAGCAGUAAAAACUGCAGAAACGGGAUAUAUGUCUAGAAGAUUAAUGAAGUCACUCGAAGACUUAUCAUUACAAUAUGAUGGAACUGUCCGUAAUUCAUCAUCCGGAAUUGUGCAAUUUAUAUAUGGAGAUGAUGGACUAGAUCCAACUUAUUUAGAAGGAGAUAUCUGCCCUGUCGAAUUUACGAGAACAUGGAACCAUUGUCAUAACAUAACAUCUAAAAUACCAUCGAAAAAGCUCCUUCCUUAUGAAAUCAUGAAAAUCACAUAUAAAUAUCUUGAAUUUCCUGAAUUUAAGGAUUGUACAGAAAACUUUAAAGACUCAUUAUUAAAUUAUAUUCAAAAAAAUGUUGCAGAGCGUUUAUCAACUAUUCGAAAAAGAAAAAACCUUGCACCUUUUCUUGAAAAGCCUUCUGAUUCUGAAUAUCAAAAUAUCAGCACUAACGAAUUAAAAACUGAUUCUGAAAAAAUCGUAGAUAAUAUUUUUAAAGUUACUGAAAUCCAGCUUUUAACAUAUUUACAAAUGUGUUUACAGAAAUACAUAAAAUCAAAAGUCGAGCCUGGAACAGCUGUUGGCGCAGUAGGUGCACAAUCAAUUGGAGAGCCAGGAACACAGAUGACUUUAAAGACUUUUCAUUUCGCAGGAGUUGCAUCUAUGAAUGUUACACUAGGUGUGCCUAGAAUUAAGGAGAUUAUAAAUGCAGCCAAAGUCAUUAGUACGCCUAUUAUAACAUGCAAACUUGUAGCAGAAAAUGACAUACGGUCUGCUCGUGUAGUAAAAGGUCGUAUUGAAAAAACAUAUAUGAAAGAUAUAACAAAGUUUAUAGAAGAAGUCUAUGGCCCUACUUCCUCAUAUAUUGGUAUAAAGAUUGAUUGGAAUACUAUAAACAAGUUGCAACUAGAAAUAACAAUUAAUGAAAUUGCUGCUUCGAUUUUGCAAACACCAAAAUUAAAAUUUUCAAAUACGAAAAUCACUGUUAAUGAAGAUAAAAUAAAAGUAUAUGUAUCAUGUGAUGAUAAAAAUAAAGAUUUCGAUGAAAUUUAUUACAAACUACAACAUUAUAAGCGGAUAUUGCCCCAUGUUAUAGUUAAGGGUAUUCCAACUACCUCAAGAGCUGUUAUAAAUAUAGAUGAAAAUGGGAAUAAUACUCUUCUUGUAGAAGGGUAUGGUCUUCGAGAUGUAAUAAAUACUGAUGGUGUCGUUGGAACAAAAACGUCUACAAAUCAUAUUAUGGAAAUGAAACAGGUUCUUGGAAUAGAAGCAGCUAGAGCUUCUAUCAUUAAAGAAAUUGAUAUAACAAUGAGUUCCCAUGGAAUGAAUAUCGAUCCCCGGCAUGUUAUGUUAUUAGGAGAUGUCAUGACAUAUAAAGGAGAAAUUUUAGGAAUCACACGAUUUGGUGUAGCAAAAAUGAAAAAUAGUGUUUUGAUGCUUGCAUCUUUUGAAAAAACAGCAGAUCAUCUUUUUGACGCAGCAGCUCGAUUAACAAAAGAUUCAAUAGAAGGUGUUUCAGAAUGUAUUAUUCUUGGGAAAACAGCCCCAAUUGGAACAGGAAUUUUUCGUCUUAUUAGAAGAAUUGACAUAAAAGAGCAUCAUAAACCCAAACCUCUUCUUUUUGAUAAUUCUUAUUUUUAUAGAGUUAAUACUUUUGUAAAAUGAUUUUCUUAUAAUGUUUAACAUUUCUAAAUGAUUAAAUAUUUUACC